GGAAUUUAAACGGGAGCUCGGUAAGUGUCUACCGGACCUUCAUGUGUGACGCUGUCUCCUACCAACGGAGAGCGGCGGGAGCGAGCCCGGCGACCAGGCCCUCAGAGAGCCAUCGGUCUCCAUUCGUUACGCGGCAGGAGGAAGCUGGACUCGCGGCCGCGCUAGUGGACCCUGCUCCGCUGUCUCUGGUCUUUCUCUAGAAGUAGGCAGGCAGCAUGAUGCUUGCCAGAAAGUCCAAUCUCAACAACUCACACGCGGAGAAAACACCAACCAUGGCUGACUCUGCUAUCAGGAAUUGGUGGAAUACCCACCAGUUGCACAAAUCGGACAGCAAUGACUCCAACACAGUGGAAGACGAGGAGGAGGAAUUGGCCGGAAGGAAGCAGUUGUCUAUAAACCUCAGUCAGACUCUGCGGACCAGGCAGCUUCUCAUAGACUUCGAUGGUGGCCGCCCUGUUUUGAGUCUCAGGGCCCCGCUAGACCUGGUUAACUUUCCAUCUAUAUCCUGCCCCCGUUGGCCCAUCGAGUGUGAGGUCAUCAGCGACAUCAUCCAUCACAUUGAGUGGGACCCCCCAGAGCCAGAGCCUUUCUAUCAGCUCACGGGACACGAGAGGACACCCAUGCCAGCAGGAGAGGAGAUGGAGAAAGUGGUUUACUGCAUUGACUAUGCCACUAUGCGUCUCUAUUUCACCUGCUCCCGUGUUCGAGGAAGCCGGGGGCCCAUUAAGAGCGCCACUUCUUAUGAAAACCACACCGACCUCCCCCUUGAGUUUGAGUCCCGCUUUGAGAGUGGGAACCUUCAGAAGGCGGUUCAAGUGGGUGUCUAUGACUAUGAGCUGACCCUGCGCACAGACAUGUACACCAGAAAGCACACGCAGUGGUUUUACUUCCGGGUCAGGAACAUGAAGGCUGCAGUGACCUACCGCUUCACGAUCAUCAACUUGAUGAAGAGCAACAGUCUGUACUCUCACGGUAUGAGACCACUCCUCUACUCUGAGAGGGCCAACGAGAAAGGUGUUGGAUGGCAACGCGCCGGCUCCAAUAUCAGACACUACCGCAACUGCAAUCAGAACACAAAGGACAACAACAGCGACACAUUGGCCUUCUACUCGCUCACGUGGACGCUCCAGUUUCCUCAUGACUCAGACACCUGCUACCUGGCCCACUGCUACCCCUACACCUACUCCCACCUGCAGUGCUACCUCAGGCGCAUUUCUUCCAACUCGGCCGUUGCGUCCUACUGUACACUGCGGGUGCUGUGCCACAGCCUGGCUGGGAACGCCGUGUACGUGGUGACGAUAACGUCGCGGGGGGGCGGCAGGGUGGCGGGGAGGACUAAAAAGGCGGUGGUGGUGACGGCCCGAGUGCACCCUGGAGAAACCAACGGAUCCUGGAUGAUGGAGGGGCUCCUGGACUUCCUGCUCGGGGACUCGGAAGACGCUCAGCUACUGAGGGACACUUUUGUCUUCAAGGUGGUGCCGAUGCUGAACCCAGAUGGCGUCAUAGUGGGUAAUUACCGCUGCUCUCUGGCAGGCAGGGAUCUCAACAGGAGUUACAAGACAUUGCUCAGGGAUUCCUUCCCCUGUGUGUGGCACACCCGAAACAUGGUGGAAAGGCUAAUGGCAGAGAUGGAUGUAUUUCUCUACUGUGACUUUCAUGGCCACAACCGUAAAAACAACGUCUUCAUGUACGGUUGUAACAAUCGAGGCGACGCUUCGCUGAAGCUCCACGAGAGAGUCUUUCCACUGAUGAUGAGCAAGAAUGCCAGUAACAAGUUCUCCUUUAAGAGUUGUAAGUUUCGGGUGCAGAGGAGCAAAGAGGGAACGGGACGAAUCGCCAUGUGGAGACUUGGCAUCAAGAACAGCUACACAAUGGAGGCCACCUUUGGAGGCUCCACUCUGGGCGACAGAAGAGGAACACAUUUCACUACUCGAGAUCUGAAGUCUCUUGGUUUUUACUUCUGUGACACCCUGCUGGACUACUGUGACCCAGAUCCAUCAAAGACCAUCUACUGUCUGACAGAGUUGGCCGCUUUGUUGACAAAGAAGGUCAGAGAGAGGCUGGGCAAAGAUUUAGGCACUGACUGCAACUUCUCUUUGUCUGACCUAGAAACCAGCACCAGUGGUUCAAAUAGUUCUGAUUCUGAUGGACUGCCAGCUCAUCUACUGAACCAGCCACACACUGGGCCUCCAGAGUUCACCUCACUCUUUCCAAAGCAGCAAACUCCUGUGAAGAAGAAAAAGAAGCGCCUGAGGAGUCGUAAACAGAGGAACAGGCUGCGGCCAGAGAGAGUGAAGAGCACCACGCAGCCAAAGGUCCUGCCAAGCGGCACUAAAGAUAUUGAGUCCGAGCUGCCCAGUGAGGACUCAGUUAAAGAGAUCGUCCAAGGGAUCGCCCAAGAGAUCGUCCAAGAGAGGCCUGUGGGAAGGCACAGGAAGAAAUGGCUGCUAAAUGGCCAGAUCAGAAACGCUGUGAUCCCUCCUCCCGCCUCUCACCCCGGGGAGAUCUGUCAGGUGACUGUGUGGAAGGGCUGCGAGCCGGUCAAGCAUGACGGAAAAAUGAACGCCGCACACACGGCAACAGCAUGUCCACAUGUCAACACAUCGGGUGACCGUGGGAUGUAUAGAGGGCAGUGGAGGUGCUCCUCCCAGCUGCUGCCCAUCAGUGCUCUCCUUCCACCGCUAUCCAGUUUUAUACAUUCCAACCGGCAACAUCAUCGCUGCACCCAGAAAUCCUUCGCCACCUAUAAAGUCCACUCAGGGCUGCUGCCGUCCCUUACGGCGCCACACAGGUCGCCCAUGCGCUUUCUGUCAAGUUUCUCCCCUGACAAGUUCAACACUCAUAUUUAUGGAGACAGAAACGCCUUGCGGAUCUCAGAAUAUUUUUUUGCGCCGGAGGAUUCCUCCAACUCGCACGCCGACAUGACCAAGAGGCCCAAUGAGGAACGUGAAAAAGAAGUGGGCGUGUCCCUGUUGAGGUGUGUACCACUCGGAGAGCAGCGCCACAGAGAUCUCCCCCAGACAGAAGCUGCAUCGCACAGGAAUGUGUGUGUGUCCGCUCCGAAGGCCACAGACCUGAGAGGGAAACGACUAUGCAAAGAGACUUUUAAGGACAAAAGCCACCCGGGUGUUUUAUCCCCAGUGUCGACGCCCUCGGGUCUCAUGACGGAGGAACUUCCGCUUCCACAAAGGGAUGGGAGGCUUCAGGCUCAGGACACCGGGCACCAUUACUCUGCAAGAGAAGGACAAACGCGUACAUCACGACCAUCACGGUCUGCCCCGAUGUAGGGGGGCACAAUAUUCAUAAUCGUGGAUUUACAGGUUGAGAUUAUUCUAUUUAUUCUCUGGCCAUAUGAACGUCCUCGGAUGUAUCAGGGGGGCUGAGUUUUAAUAGAACUUCAACAGGUAGAGUAAACAGAUGUGCAGCGAUGAAAUGACUUUAUUAUCUCAUUCACACAGACAUCAUAACGCUGGUCCAACGUCAUAGUAAAACCCUCUUGAAAUGGUCGAGAAUAAUUACAAUAUAAAUGACGAUCUGAUGUUUAACCACAAAUCCCUUUUUUAUUUUGAUAACAAUUUAUAUUUUUGCACAAUAUUUACGGAAAUGCUGAUGCAGUGUUGAUAAAGGUAUGGACACACCUUUGAGCUUCUUGGCAACGGUGCGUUUCAUAGAUUACAUUUAUUGCAAUGCUACAAAAAAGUACAAUCUCAUUGAAUAACGUGACUAAAAUAUAAAAAUAAAUGUACAAUGUGUAUUAUAAAAACUA